GCAAUUUUAUAUUCACACAAUUUUCGCUUAACUCGAUUUUUAAACAACAAAAAACACGAAGAAGCAACAAGCAUCCAUCCAAGUCAGCGCCAGCACGUGUCUCUCUGCUAAUAUUGUAAAGUAAUCAAAUAAAAAUUUUGCAUAAAUAUUAAAGCGAGCGCCAUUAGCAACAGAAUAGUUUAAUUACUUUAAUGAAAUUUAUAUAAAUUACAUUGUUUACAAACAUUAAUAGUCCAUAAACAAAUUCGCCGGCGAAUUUGUUUAAACAAGUGUUUUUUCUAAAGUCCUUAAGUACAAAACAAAUAUUUAAAGUAUUUUGAAGGUUAAUAAUAUACAUACAAAAAUGUUUUACUUAAUUGGUUUGGGUUUGGGCGAUCCUAAGGACAUUACAGUAAAAGGCCUUGAAAUUGUAAAAGCUUGCAGUCGUGUUUACUUGGAAAUGUAUACAUCAAUUUUGGGGUGUCCAAAAGAGGAAUUGGAAGCUUUUUAUGGUAAGCCAAUUUUGCUAGCUGACCGCGACCUUGUAGAGCAAGGUGCAGAUGAUAUACUUGCUGGUGCUGCUGAAGAAGAUGUAGCGCUCUUAGUAGUGGGUGAUCCAUUCGGAGCUACUACGCAUACAGAUUUUAUAUUGCGAGCUAAGGAGAAGAAAAUUCCCUAUAAAGUAAUACAUAAUGCAUCGAUUAUAAAUGCAAUUGGCUGUUGUGGCCUACAAUUGUACAAAUUUGGUGAAACUGUUUCGAUACCUUAUUGGGAUGAAACCUGGAAACCUGAUAGUUUUUAUGAUAAAAUCAAAUUAAAUAGACUUCAUAAUAUGCAUACACUCUGCCUGCUUGACAUAAAAGUCAAAGAACCCACCUUGGAAUCAUUAAUGCGAAAACGUAAAGAAUAUAUGCCACCUCGUUUUAUGACUGUCGCUGAAGCUGCACAACAAAUAUUAACGAUUGUCGAUAAAAAGGAUGCGCUGGAACGUAAUACCAUUUUAAAUGAACAAUCAUUAUGUGUAGGUUUAGCUAGAGUUGGACACGACACGCAACAAAUUAUGGUUUCCACACUACGUGAUAUGAGCAAUGCUGAUCUCGGCGGACCAUUACACUCAUUAGUUAUACCAGCUAAGGAAAUGCAUCCUCUAGAAAUAGAGUUUUUACAACAAUACACUUCUAUUAAACUAGAUGAUUAUAAUCAUUGAGACUUUUAAUUAUGACAUUCUAUAGAAAUCUGAAAAUGAUUGGCGCAAGUGCAAAAUAACUAAUUAAAAUUAUUAUGUGUAAAUCUUCUUAUUCUUAUUUGCCUAUUUAGAUUUAAGUAUGGAAGUAUUUGAUAAUUUCAUUAUAAUUGUUUUUAGUCUAAUGUGUUGUGCAUUUGUAUUAAUAUUAACUUGUAUAAGAAGUACUUCAGUGUAUAAAAAUUAUUUUAAAAUAUUUGCAAUUAAACUUUGUUAUUUUACAAAAUGUGUUGUAUGUAUUUGGUUAUAAUAUGGAAAUUGAUAUAGAUUGUAAGAUAAU